AGUAUUUUUUUUGUGUCGCUGAAGGAGACGUUGAUGAUAACAGCGCAGCUAACCAGACAUUCUGGCUAUUAGAACGGCAAAAAGAAAGGCUCUUGUCACUCUGGGGACUCUUGGAACUUCUGUGUGUGUGUGUGUGUGUGAGUGCGUGAAAGAGAGGAAAAAGUGAGUGUGUGUUGCUGCCUAUCUCUGCACCUCCUUGGAGGAUGACCAUGGAAGAGAUGAGGAUUGAAACCGAGACAAACUCCAUGGUCUCCAUGACGCUAUACGCUGUCAUGUACCCAGUUUUUAAUGAGCUGGAGAGGAUCAACUUGUCAGCUGCCCAGACUCUGAGAGCAGCCUUUAUCAAGGCGGAGAGGGAGAACCCAGGCCUAACUCAGGACAUCAUAAUGAAAAUUCUGGAGAAGAAAAAUGUUCAGAUAAACUACACAGAGUCUCUGCUGCGCAUGGCUGCAGAUGACGUGGAAGAGUUCUUAGUGGACAGGCCAGAGCAGGAGUUCCAGGACCUAAAUGAGAAAUCCAGAGCUCUGAAACACAUCCUCAGUAAGAUACCUGACGAGAUCAACGACAGGGUACGCUUCCUACAGACAAUUAAAGACAUCGCCAGUGCUAUAAAGGAGCUCCUGGAUACAGUCAAUAACGUCUUUAAGAAAUACCACUACCAGAACCGCAGGGCUCUUGAGCACCAGAAGAAGGAGUUUGUCAAAUAUUCCAAAAGCUUCAGCGACACUCUCAAAACAUACUUCAAAGAUGGAAAGGCGAUCAACGUGUUCAUCAGUGCGAACAGACUGAUCCACCAAACCAACCUCAUUCUGCAGACCUUCAAGACCGUCAUAUAGGUACAGGUUGCCUUGGAGAGGCCAUCCAAUCUUCCAACGAAGCAACAUUAAAAAUGGCAUACGAUCGGAGAGCACCUUUUACCAGAUUUAAAUGUAAAAUAGAGGCUUGAUUUUAAUCGGACAGUUUUAAUUUAUACCCUUGAAGUGCGUUCAACAAGGCUGAUGUUAGCAGUGAAAUACMUCAGCUUUUGAACUGUUAGCUAACGUGAGUGAAUMUUUAAUGGCCAAAAUCUAGCUGAAGAACUUCAGCAUAUGUGAUAGCUACUUUUUAAUUGUUUGAAUCAGCAUUUAACGUUUAGGGACAGUCUUGUUGAUCGGGCUGUGACGAUACCAGUAUGACAAUAUUUUUUCCAUGGCAAAAAUGAAAACAUGAGGCAGGCUCAACUCUUUGGUCCUAUGAAUACUUGCUGUAUGUAAAAUAUUCUGUGCUAUAUCUUAGAAAAUAAAUGUGACAAGAUAAUGAUA